AUGGAUUAUCCUGAUUAUGCCGCGGACACAUCGCCGCACUUUUCUUCCACUAUUGCUUCUCCUUCCACUACCACUGCUACUGCGGAGAACAACACCUUUUCGCAACGGUUACGACCCAUGAACACCUUUUCCUCAUCACCAUCUACUUCUCUACAAUCGCCGCCAUCUAACGACGUCACUUUUCCUACUCAACAACAACAACGCUCUUCAACCUCCUCCUUGGAUGCAGAACGCCAUUUCCACUUGCUCACCGCGUCUUCCUCCUCUAUUGACACAACCCCAUUCCACCAUCAAGAACCAGCAUCCUCUACCACUGAAUACUCACGCCAUGUACAUUUAACACCUCAUCCCACGACAGCCAUGAUGCAGGACUAUUGGCACGGGCAAACACCCUUAUUGCUCGAUAAUCCCCUUCAUGUCCACGAGCUUGAUAAUGUGGAGGUCAAUCAUUCCGAACGCGGUAUUGCGGGUUUUGUGUCAAAAUUAUAUCAGAGCCUUCAAGCCCCUGACAACGAACAAAAGUACGCACGUUGGUGCAAACACGAUGGCAAAGACAUGUUUAUUAUCGAGUGUAUUCCAAAAUUCACUGAAGUCGUACUUCCUCGAUUGUUCAAGCAUUGCAAGUUUGCCUCCUUUGUACGUCAACUCAACAUUUAUGGGUUUCAACGUGAUACGGACGCUCGCAAGACCAAAGAUACUCGGGAUAAAGAAUCUUGUCGUUGGUAUCAUCCUUAUUUUCGCCCUGGUAGACGUGAUCUAUUUCACCUGAUUCGGCGCAAGGCCGCUCGUUAUCCUCGUCGAAAGCGUGUCAAAGUUGAGGAAGAUCCAGAAACCAUUGUCAACGUGGGCGACGAUUCGGAUACUGAAAUGAUGAAUGAUAAAUAUCGUUGCAGAUCAUCCUCCGUUUCUUCUGCUGCUAUCUCUCAACCUCAACAAGACAACAAUAGCAACAAUCCUAUGGAUGAUAUGGGUGCAAAUAUGACUACUACUCAAGCAAGUUCAUCGUCAUCUUCUUCAGUCAUGGGUCAACAACAAACAACAACCCCACAACAACCACCACCUCCAUCACAGCAACAACAACAACAACCCACUGUUGCACAUCCACCACCACCUCAUCCAGCACCACCAGCAUCAUCAAUAACCCCUCAUACGACUACUACAACAACUACAAACAGCAAUGAUGUUGUCAUGGGUGGAUCAGCAGGUGCUCCACCACCACCACCACCGCAAUUACAGGAUCAGUCGCCAACGGCAACCACGACGGCAACGGGGGGAGCUGUUACGGUGAUGGCAGGUACCCCACCCACUUGUAUUAUCCCCACAACCAACAAUGAUAUGACACGUCGUGAACGAGAUAUGCAAAGUCAAAUUAUCAAGAUUACUCGAGGAUACCAUCAAUUGGCAGCACAAAUUAAGCAUGCAUAUGAGAUCAUUGAAGUCCAAGGACGACGUAUCCAAGUAUUAGAGACCGAGCUUGUUCGAAAUCAGCAAUUACAAGAACGACAACGAUCAACUGAUAUGAGCUAUUUGGGUCAUGGCAACAGCAACAAUAAUAAUAAUGGAGGAGGAGGAGGAGAUCAUCAUCAUGGACCAUCGACGACAGCGGAUGCGAGUAAUACCUUCACCAAUCAUGCUUCUUCACCCAAUGGCAAUACCACGGAUUUGUAUACCCAAUUAUUUCCUCAUCCAGGCGUACGGAUAAAACCAGAAAUGACGACACCUUACGACAAUAUGCUUUUACCACCUUCGGAUGAAUGGGUAUACCAUGCUGAGCAAUUCUCAUCGCCAUCAUCAGCUACACCGGAUCGUUCUAAUGCUGCUACAAUUGCUGCUGCUGCCGCUGUAGCUGCUGCCGCUGCGAAUAAUAAUGGUGCUCCUCCCCCUACGCAAGAUCAUGCAACAACAACAACACCUACUCAUGGGGAUAUGACAACUUUUGGUCUUGCUGCAGCCGCUGCCGCUGCCGCUGCCGCUGCUGCUAAAUAUCCACCUACUGCUGCUACCACCCAUCAUCAUCAUCCUCAGCACCACCACCAUCACCAUCCGCAUCCAGAUCAAGCACAACAACAACAACAACAACAACACCAUCCGCAUCAUUCUCAUCAUCAUCAAAUACAACAACAUCGUCCCAUGUAA